AUGACUUGCCUUCCAUUUGGCCUUUCGACAGCGCCUCUAACAUUCGGAAGAGUGUCAAACUGGUUGGCACAGGUAUUAAGAUCACACGGAGUCCGAGUCAUAGUCUAUCUCGACGACUUCAUGUUGGCAAGUCAGAGUCUUCCCACUCUUCAAACGCAGCUAAGGUUCACCUUAGAUCUUUUUUUCAAACUCGGCUGGGAGAUACGUAGAAAAAACGUGGAAAAAACACAGAAAACUCCACAACAAGUAGUACAGUUUCUGGGGAUAACAUGGAACACUAAAAACGGAGCUAUUUCACUACCAGGCGAGAAGGUGUCAUCAUUGAAAAAAAGAUCUUCAGAAACUAAUACGAACUGCCAGAUGGUCUUGGAAGGAUGCAAAGCGAAUCCUGGGAAAAAUCAAUUUUGCCAGUUUUGUAAUUCCGCUGGGUCGCCUAAACUCAAGACGCAUGCAGAUAUCAUCUCGCAUCCUUCCCGAAUGCCGUUCGAGACAGCGGUUCGUCAUGCCGAGGGAGGCACUGGCCGAAUGCCGCUGGUGGUCAAGAAACCUGAUGAAAUUAAGUCCUAUAUUAUCCCGAACUUUUAA